GCCAAAAAGUGCGUCGGAUCUCGUAUUUCCAUCGAUUCUUUGUUAGCGUUUUGGGUUGUGGGUGCUGACGUUGUGUUUGCCAUGUUGAACAACUCGCAUAUUUAUCAUCAGACGUUGCAUGAUAUCAAGGCCAGAGGUAUUGAUGGUGCGUACAGUGCCGUUCGCUCGCCGAGCCGUCAUGCUUACAUAUUUUCUUUCAUCUCAUCUUUUGAAUACGUUCUGCAAUGGUACUUUUGUGCGAAUAUGAAACCCAUUUACGAAUCCAUGUCACCACCUCUUCCAAUGGUGUCACCACAGUCGAAAAUGUCUCUCUCAACCUCCCCAACAUGCUCAAGGCCAAAGAAUCGAUGGAAAUACGAGAUCCGACGCACUUUUUGGCCUA